AUGCCAACCACAAAGAGUGGUGUAGGGUCAAACAGAAGGAUCAGUAACAAUUUAACUACUGAUGGCAUUGCAAGUACCAGUGAGGAGUCACGUACGAAAAGCCGUGAAGAGUCAUUAACAAGUAGCAGUAAGGAUUCAAUUAGGAAUACCAGUGAGGAGUCAAGUACAACUACUAGUGAGGAACCAAGUACAAAAAGCAGUGAGGAUUCAAGUAUUGAAAGCACUGCAAAGUCAAUAGCAAAGAUAGCAAAGACCACGGAGGAGUCGAGUACAAGAGGGAAUACCAGUGAGGAGUCAAGUACGAAAAUCAUUGAGGAGUCAGGUACAAAAAGCAAUGACUAUCCAACCACGAAGAUUGGUGUAGCGUCAUAUACAAGGAUAAGUGACAAAUCAAGUACUGAGAGCACUGCAAAGACCGGUAACAGGUCAAGUACUAAAAGCAGUGAGGAGUUUAGUACAAAUAACAGUGAGGGAUCACGAACAAUAGGCAGUGAGGAGUCAAGUACUAAAAGAGGUGCGGAGUCUAGUGAGAAUACCACUGAGGAGUCAGGUACAAAGAGCAUUGUAGAUUUCAAAAUAGAAUCAAGUACAAAGACCACUGAGGAGCUGAGUACAAGAGGGAAUACCAGUGAUGAGUCAAAUACAAAAAGCAAUGAGAAGCCAACCACCAAGAGUGGUGUAGGGUCAAACACAAGGAUCAAUAACGAUUCAACUACUGAGAGCACUGCAAAUACCAGUGAGGACGCAAGUACAAAAAGCAGUGAAAUGCCAACCACAAAGAGCGGUAUAGGGUCAAACAGAAGGAUCACUAACAAUUUAACUACUGAUAGCAUUGCAAGUACCAGUGAGGAGUCACGUACGAAAAGCCGUGAAGAGUCAUUAACAAGUAGCAGUAAGGAUUCAAUUAGGAAUACCAGUGAGGAGUCAAGUACAACUACUAGUGAGGAACCAAGUACAAAAAGCAGUGAGGAUUCAAGCAUUGAAAGCACUGCAAAGUCAAUAGCAAAGAUAGCAAAGACCACUGAGGAGUCGAGUACAAGAGGGAAUACCAGUGAGGAGUCAAAUUGGUGUAGCGUCAUAUACAAGGAUAAGUGA